UUUAGCAACUAAUUACAGCAACCUGAUUGAAAUUCUUUUAGCACAGAUAAUCCUUUUCAAUAGGAGGAAGAGUGGGGAAGCGCAAAGAAUCAAAAUUGAAGAUCUGGAGAAUGGCCUUCGAAACAAUUCUUUAGAUGAGGACAUUAAGAAAAGCCUAUCAAGUUUUGAACAAGAACUCUGCUCAACCCAUAAAAGAAUUGAAAUCAAAGGAAAAAGGGGGAAGAAAGGUACCUGUGAUUUUGACAGAUGAAAUGCAGAAACACCUCUCCACAGUUUUACAAAUUAGAGAUGAGCUGGGAAUCAAAUCACCUCUCAUAUUUAUCAAGCCACAGUCAUCCUGUCCCGUAAGGGGAAGUGAUUGUCUACGAAAAUUGUCAAAGGCCUGUAGAGCUAAAUGCCCAGAAACUCUUACUUCCACAAAGUUAAGAAAGCACUUAGCAACAAUGACUCAAAUUUUAGGACUCUCGGAAACAAAUCUGGAUGUAUUGGCUAAAUUUAUGGGACACGAUAUCAGAAUACAUCGCCAAUUCUAUCGACUACCAGAAAAUACUGUAGAACUUGCAAAAGUCACUAAAAUAAUGCACCUUAUUAACACUGGGAAUAUGUCCAAAUACAAAGGCAAAGAUUUUGAUGACAUAGAAUUUAGCCAGACAGAUGAAGUUCAUGAAGAUGAAUUGGAUGCCGAGGAGGAGGAAGAUUUCUGUGAAAUGCCAGCUACAUCUGGACAAUAUACAUCAGAGCACGAGCAUUUUGAUCGGAAUGAACAGGGUGACGAAGAACAUGACUAUGACAUGGAGAAUAUCAAAAGGAAGAAAAAGACAGUUGAAAGACAUGUAUGGACAGCCGAGGAGAAGAGGGCGUUAGAGAAGCAGUUCAGUUCGUUCAUUAGAAGAAACAAAACUCCAGGUCAAAUAGAUUGUUUGAAUGUUCAACAAAAAGAGCCAUCCUUGAAAAAAUUUCACUGGAGUAAAAUGAAAUUUGCUGUGAAAAAUAUGAUUUCUUCUAAGAAGAGAAAACAGGAAUCAUAG